CCCAAUGGAUUGGUUGAAAAUGCUAAUAAAUCCAUAAAAAGAGCAUUGCGAAAGAUGGUUGAUGACAACGGGAGUAAUUGGGAUAAAUUACUUGACCCCAGUUUGUUUUCUUUGAGGACUAAAAUACACGCAUCAACAAAAAUGUCACCAUUUCGACUAAUGUUUUGUGUAGACCCACGGUUUCCAGAAGAAGUCUCAGAGAAUUACACGAUCCCAGAUCUGGAUACACUUGAGGAAGAAUGCUGCAAAGACUACAGCAUCAAUAGGAAAUCGAGACAUGAGGCUGACAUUGCACUGGCCCUAAGUAACAUUUCUAAAGCACAAGAAAAGCAACAAAGAAAUUAUGCUAAAAGAAAGAUUUCUAAAUAUGGGGAAAUAACCUUUGCUGUUGGUGACUCUGUUCUGUUACUGAACGCUAGAAAGAGAACAAGAAAAGGAGCAGUACUGGAAUCUAACUAUCGGGGACCAUACAAAAUUACAACCGUUGAGGGUAAGAGAGUGAAAUUAGAAACCAUCUCAGGGAAACAGUUAGGAACCAUGUACAGUAUUGCACACUUCAAACCAUUCAAAGAGCCACCAACAUUAGCUGCUGAAAGCACAUCAGAGGGAAAACUCGGAACUGAAAUUGCAGUUGGUGACACUGAACCAGAAAUACCCAUGGAAGAAAUUAGAAAAGUGGUUGGUACUGUAUCUCACGACAGCACAUUAAAAAACAUAGAGGUCACAGCAAUGGAAGAGGAGGAGUAUAUAGGGCAAGAUGUUUCAAAGAAUGAUACAAGUGAUGCGGAUGACAUUUUUGAUGACGUGCUUAUGGAGGACGUGGAAAACAAGCAAUGGAUUCUGAAAGUCAAAUUUGUAAUGACCGACAAACACACAGAGAGACUGGAGGCCAAAGUGAGAAACAUAAAAUUGUAUGGCUCCUCAUUUCAUUGCCUGAAACCGAGAAACUGGUUAAGUGAUGAGGUUAUUGAUGCAUAUUUGAGCUGUGUGGUCGAGAAAGCAGAUGGAAAGGUACAAGCCAUCUCAUCAGUAGUUUCUACUGUCAUUCUCUCAGGCAGAGCUCCACAAAUUAAAGUGAAGAGUGAAUUACUUCAAAAUGAUAUAUUAUUGCUUCCUUACCACACACCAGGUCAUUGGGUUCUUGCGAUAGCCUCGAUGAAAAAAAAAGAAUUGUUAAUAAUUGACCCCUUGUGUGAUGAGAUGAGAUAUGAAAGAACAUGCCUGAGGAAUUGGAGAAACUUCAACAAACGAUUAACUGGAAAAUCCUCAUCUGAUUGGAACAGUAAAAUUGUUCAUCAUCCCAGACAAAGUGAUGGCCACAACUGCGGACCACUCAUCUUAAAGUUUGCAGAAGCAUAUUUGGAGCACAAAGACAUAAGUAUGGUAGAAACAACACAAGAGGCUAAUAUUGCGUUUAGAAGACAUAUAGCAAUUCUUCUAAUGAAGGAGUCAGAAAACGUGGAAGACUACUGCAUAUACUGCAACCUCGUCAACUGUGAAAAGGAAAGUGAGGAUUGCACGAUGGUACAGUGUGAUUCUUGCAAGAGAUGGGCACAUAUGCCCUGCAUUACAGAAGGAACCAAUCAAGACUACCUGACUGAUGCCAAGAAAGAGUACAACUGCAAGAAAUGUGCAUAG